ACACAGAAGCACUCCCUGUCAUCAUCAUUUCUUGUGCCUGGUGGUGUGAGGGACAACAACACAAACUAACAGGUGAAAGGAUGGACACCCAGAGUCAGGUUGUGGACAGGUUGCGGACAGCGUUUAGUUCAGGCAUCACGAUACCAGAGCAGUUUCGUCGAACUCAGCUGACCAAGCUUAUGUCAAUGAUCAAAGAUAAUGAGGAAGAGAUUUUAAAUGCACUGCACAAAGACCUCGCGAAGCCAAAAUUUGAGGCCAUUCUGUCCGAGGUUGAUAUAGUGAUCAAUGAGCUGCACUACACCAUCGCUAACUUCGCAAGCUGGAUGAAGCCAGAGUAUGUCAACAAAACUCUGGCCACAAGGCUGGAUGACUGUUUUAUACGGAGGGAGCCAUUAGGAGUUGUGUUAAUCAUUGGGCCGUGGAAUUAUCCCCUGCAACUCCUUAUGGUACCCUUGGUUGGAGCCAUUGCUGCAGGAAACUGUGUGGUCAUCAAGCCUUCAGAGGUCAGUGCUGCCACGGACAGUCUGAUAGCAGAGCUCAUCCCCAAAUAUUUGUCUCAGGACUGUUAUGCAGUUAUUCGUGGUGGAGCAGAAGAGACCGAGGCACUUCUGCAGAAUCGCUUUGACCGAAUCUUCUACACAGGUUCACAGACUGUGGCACGCAGCAUCCUGCAGGCAGCCUCAGUCCACUUGACCCCAGUGACCUUGGAGCUGGGCGGGAAGUGUCCGUGCUUCAUAUAUGGUCGGGUAAACAUCGAAGUCGCUGCUCGCCGCUUGGCGUGGGCCAAGUUUUUUAACGCCGGCCAGAGCUGCGUGGCUCCGGACUAUGUGCUGUGCUCACCGGCCGCCCGGGACGCCCUGCUGCCUGCACUGCGUGAGGCCUUGGAGGAUUUCUACAGCAAGGAGCCUCAGACGUGUCCUGACCUCUCCCGCAUCGUGUCACCCCGACACUGGACUCGACUGAUGGAUCUACUCGGGAGGUCCAGUGGCAAGGUUGUCGUGGGAGGAGAGAGCAACCAGGAGGACAAGUACAUAGCUCCCACAGUGGUGGUGGAUGUGGCUGAAGACGAUGCGUUAAUGCAGGAGGAGAUUUUUGGCCCCAUCCUGCCCAUCCUCACUGUGGAGUCUCUGGAGAAAGGCAUCGAGUUGAUCAACCGCAAAGAGAAGCCACUGGCCCUUUAUGUUUUCUCUGACGAAUCCUCUGUGGUAAACACGGUGCUGGAAAAGACCAGCAGUGGAGGCUUCUGCUCAAAUGACGGGAUCAUCCACAUGACCCUGCCAAGCCUGCCUUUUGGAGGUGUAGGGGCCAGUGGUUGGGGCAGUUACCACGGCCGUUGGGGCUUUGAGGAAUUUAGCCACCGGCGGGCCUGCAUGCUGCGCGGCUGGGCUUUAGAGAGACUCAACGGCCUGCGUUACCCACCUUACAGUGACAAUAAACUGAGCUGGCUGCGCUGGACCACCUCCACAAAGACCAGCUGCUCACUCAUGUGAUGACAGGCAAGGUGUGUGUGUGUGUGUGUGUGUGCGUGUAGAUACUCUUUUUAUACUUUAUGCAUGAACGUGAAUGAUUGGGGGAUUAAUCAUUAAUUUUUUUUAAUCUGUCAGGAAGGUUGUUUGUGUAUAUUAACAUACAGGUGGCCAGUGCACUGUUUGUUUUGUGUUUUGUGCACUCUUUAUCACACAGGUUGGUCUCCUAAAGUGGACUACUAUAACACUGUGUAAUAAUCUUGCUGUCACUAAUCAUAAUUUAGUAUAUGUGUUUUAGAUGAUAUUCUAUCCCGUAUUUUCUCCUAACUAAAAAAUCCACUUUUCUUCAUUGAGUUCUUUGUUGCCACAUAUUUGCUCUCAUGUUUCAUGUAUCCUGGUUAGCAGAACACAGAUUAUACACAAGUCUUUUAUUUGAUUGAUAAAACAAUUAAAUCUGGCUCAGAUGUUAAAUGCCAGGGAUCCUACGGCCUGCUUAUUGUUGUCCUCUUACACUGAAAUCUUUAUUUGGUGAGAAUGGUGUAACUGUAUUUAAUAGCAUAAUUUGACUGUCACUGUAAAUCUUUUGUAAUGUUUUAAUCAGUUGUUUUCUUUUUUAAUGU